UAAUAAAUUUCCAUUUCUUAAUGUUUUUUUUUCUUGCUUUCCCUCUCAUUCUCCUCUACCAUCUUCGUCUUCAUAUUCUUUAUUUUUUCUUGUAUUGUUCUGAUCGCAGGAUCCUCUUCUGCUUUCUGAGUCAUCUCAUUUCCAUUCUCAGAGCAGGAAACAAAGCCCUAUGUAAUGUAUUAAAAUUUCAAUGAUAAAAAAUUCAGCAAUUGCCUAAUGCAAGAGACGCUCGUUGGUGUAUUUCAACCCACCUCCGCCACCGCUAAAGAAGAAAAACAAAUCGAACUCUUUGUCCCGCCUCCUUGUCACUUGGUGGUCAACCGAACCCGAUCGCAGCCCAGCUGCCGGCGCGUUACGCCCACGCGCUGCGAAAUCACCGCCAUUGUUACUGAAAGAGUCCUCCCAAAUGGCGACAUUUAUACCGGGACAUUGUCUGGAAGCGUGCCUCACGGGAAGGGAAAGUACCUGUGGUAUGAUGGGUGUAUGUACGAAGGUGAGUGGAAGAGAGGUAGAGCCUGCGGGAACGGCAAGUUCUCAUGGCCGUCGGGAGCCACAUACGAGGGUCAUUUUAAGGACGGCCGGAUGGACGGCCAUGGAACUUUUAUAGGCGUCGACGGUGACUCCUACAAAGGACAGUGGCUGUUGGACAGGAAGCACGGCUAUGGCGAGAAGCGGUACGCCAAUGGCGAUGUUUACCAAGGCCGGUGGAGGUCCAACUUGCAGGGUGGUGAAGGGAAGUACAGGUGGAGCAAUGGGAACGAAUACUCCGGCGAGUGGAAGAAUGGGGUGAUUCAUGGAAAGGGUGUUUUGAUUUGUGCCAACGGGAAUAUAUAUGAAGGGCUGUGGGAAAAUGGUGUUCCUAAAGGGAAAGGGGUCUUCACUUUCUCUAAUGGGAAUAACAGAUAUGAAGGGAAUUUCAAGGAUGCCAGGAAGAGGUCGUCUGUGGAUUCCAAUGUUCCCAGGAUUUGUAUAUGGGAAUUGGAUGGAGAAGCUGGAGAUAUUACUUGCGAUAUUGUCGAUAAUGUGGAGGCUUCAAUAAUGUCAUAUGAUGAUAAAGAUGGUGACAGUAAUGGUAAUGGUAAGGACAGUGACAAUGGCAGAGCAAUAGAGGCUAGGAAGUGCCAGAGAAGCCCCUGUAGUUGUAGUUCUGCGGAUGAUGAUGUUAAGAAACCAGGGCAAACGAUUUCGAAAGGACAUAAGAAUUACGAUCUAAUGCUUAAUCUUCAACUGGGUAUCAGGUAUUCUGUGGGAAAGCAUGACUCGAUGAUGAGGGAACUGAGGCAAAGUGAUUUUGAUUCCAAGGAGAAGUACUGGACGAGGUUUCCACCGGAAGGAUCAAAAUCUACGCCGCCGCAUCAGUCAGUGGACUUCAAAUGGAAGGAUUACUGUCCCAUGGUUUUCAGACAUCUGAGGGAAUUGUUUGCAAUAGAUCCGGCGGAUUACAUGGUAGCUAUUUGUGGAAAUGAUGCACUUAGGGAAUUUUCUUCACCUGGAAAGAGUGGAAGCUUCUUUUACCUAACGCAAGAUGAAAGAUUUAUGAUAAAAACUGUGAAGAAAUCAGAAGUUAAGGUUCUCAUUAGGAUGCUUCCAAAUUACUACCAACAUGUUUGCCAGUACAAGAACUCCUUGGUAACGAAGUUCUUUGGUGUACAUUGUGUGAAACCAGUUGGAGGUCAAAAGAUCCGUUUUAUUGUAAUGGGCAAUUUGUUUUGUUCGGAGUACCGUAUCCAUAAACGCUUUGACCUGAAGGGUUCUUCUUAUGGCCGCGCUACUGACAAAGCUGAUGGACAAAUUGAUGAGACAACCACACUUAAAGAUCUGGAUCUUAAUUUCAAUUUUCACCUUGAACGGUCAUGGUAUCAAGAACUCAUUAGGCAAAUCUAUAGAGAUUGUGAGUUCUUAGAAGCUGAGGGGAUCAUGGAUUAUAGUCUUUUGAUUGGUCUUCACUUCCGUGAUGAGGUGAAGAUGCCACCAAAUGAACUGUAUUAUGAAAAAGGAAAUAUGUGUCAUGAUAAGACCUCCAUGCGAGGUUAUCACCUGCUGCCAGAUAUGGAUUGGGUUAUGGAAGGACGGGGGCCAUUUAUUCGGCUGGGGGCAAACAUGCCAGCGAGAGCAGUGUGUGUGCCAAGAAUCGAGUUAGAUCAGAAUGCAGGCGGUGGAAAAAUCAAUUCAACACAUUCAGAGGGUGGCGUUGAGGUCCUUGACGUGCUUCUUUACUUUGGUAUCAUUGACAUACUCCAAGAUUAUGAUAUCAGCAAAAAGCUAGAACAUGCAUACAAGUCCUUGCAAGUGGAUGCCACGUCCAUCUCAGCUGUUGAUCCAAAGCUAUAUUCAAAAAGGUUCCGGGAUUUCAUACACAGAAUCUUUGUGGAAGACAAGUGAUGGAGAUGAAAAGAGCAAAUGAGAAACGGGAUAAUUUAACUCUCUGAAACUAAAAUCUGGAUGAAACCUGCAGAAAGCAGGGUGCCGGAUGUGCUAGUUUCCUGGUCUGCGUAAUUUAUGCUGAUGCACCCAUGUAUUGAGGUGGGUAUAGCUGAAUUUUUUAUGACAACCAUUGCGAACAAAGGAAAUUUCAGGUAAUUAAAGCGAUAUUUGUUUUGUUUGUUUUGGUUUGUUGUGAGAAUUGAGAAGCCAGAAACACAAGGAAGCUGAGUGCAGAAAGUAGAGAAAUGGUUCUACCAGAGUUCAAGAUAGCCUUGCUGUAAAGAAGUGUACAGUAAAAAAAGAAAGAAAAGCUGAAUAUCUGUUGUGUCCCCACACAUAUCACAGAUAGAGAGAGAGAGAGAGAGUGAGAAUUGAAUAGAGCUUGUGCAACAAUUUCAAAAUUUAGAACGACGGAUGGGUUGAUUUGCCGGCUGAGCAAAGAAAGAGAGGGAAAAUAAUGAGCUCUCUUUUUUUCUCGCGUCCACUCACUGAAGCAUGUUUGCUUUGUUUUUUCCAUAAAAAGAAGAGAAAAGCAGAAAGAAAGAUGUGGGUGUAACCUUGGCUCAUGUUCUUUAUUUGGCCCUUUAUUGAAUUCAAGGUUUGAAAAGUGAAAUGACAAUAUAGUAUAAUAGUACCACAUGUCCCCUCAUGCAUUUUUUGAACA